AGAAGGUAAACAAUUGGUGCGGAGUCAUUUUUCUUGCAAAUUUAUCAUUGCAUAGGAGGCAGGAGACAUUUGGGCAGUUGUGGGUGUGGGCAGCAAAUAUGCCAAAUAUGAGAGGGAGGACCGGAGGAGACACCUGGCCGUUGGGGAUCUGGGUGCACUCGCUCUUUCUCAAUUCUUCUUCAUGGCCAUGAGUCUAUGAGGUUGUGAUGAUGACGAUAAUGUAAACUGUGUAAUGCAAAUAUUGGGAGGCAUAGAGGAUGAGCAGAGGUGGACGGGAGGCUGAACGGAGAAUCUUAACCCUCCUCCAUGGCCGCAGCACUCGAACCCAAUUAGCCCAAAUACACGCCCAUUUCCUCCGCCAUCACCUCCACCAAUCCAACCAGCUUCUCUCUCAUUUCGUCUCCAUCUGUGGUUCUCUCCACAAGAUGCGCUAUGCCCACCUCGUCUUCCUCCAAACCCAAAACCCCAAUCUCCUCCUCUUCAAUUCCAUGAUCAAAGGCUACUCAAUCUCCGGACCUUCUCUACAAUCCCUCCAUCUCUUCUGCCUCAUGAGAAGCCGUGGAAUCUGGCCCGAUCGACUCACCUUCGCCCCUCUGCUCAAGUCCUGCUCCAACCAUCCCGACCUCAAUCUCGGCCGAGGAGUCCAUGCCGAGAUUAUCGCUCAUGGGUUCGAAUCCCACCCUCCCAUUCAGAUCGGGCUUGUCGAGCUCUACUCCUGUCACGACGCGAUGAAGGAUGCCGAACGGGUGUUUGAUGCUAUGUCUUACAGAGACGUGGUUGCUUGGAAUAUGAUGAUCCGUGGGUACUGCAAGAGAGGAGAUGUGCAAUUAGGACUUCAUCUUUUCAGUCAGAUGGAAGAGAGGAGCAUUGUCACUUGGAAUUCCAUGAUCACCAGCUUAGCACAAAGUGGCCGGGACAACGAUGCUCUGAAGCUUUUCCGUCAAUUGUGGGAAGAUGGUUUCGACCCAGAUGAUGCAACUCUCGUUAUACUGCUGCCUGUCUGUGCCCGGUUGGGAGCGUACGAUGUUGGGAGAUGGAUCCACUCGUAUGCUGAUUCUAGGAGGCUUUCUCUAGAUGUUGUCUCUGUGGGGAACUCCCUUGUAGAUUUCUAUUGCAAAUCUGGCGAUACAGAAACUGCUCAGAGGGUUUUUAACGAGAUGCCUCGGAAAAAUGUGGUCUCUUGGAACGCCAUGAUCUCUGGACUGGCUUUUAAUGGACAGGGUGAGCUUGGGGUUGGUUUGUUUGAACAUAUGAAGAAGAAAGGCGUGGCCCCUAACCAUGCCACUUUUAUAGGUGUUCUUGCUUGUUGUAGCCAUGCAGGAUUUGUGCAAAGGGGUCAGGAAUUGUUUAAUUCAAUGCUUACAGAACACCAACUCGAGCCUGGGCAGGAGCACUAUGGCUGUAUGGUUGAUCUCCUUGGUCGUAGUGGCUGUGUGAAGGAGGCUUAUGGGUUGAUUACAAGCAUGCCCAUGAAGCCAAAUGCUGCUUUAUGGGGUGCAUUGCUGAGUGCUUGCAGAACUCAUGGUGACCUUCAACUUGCAGAAUGUGCAGUUAAGGAGCUCAUCAACCUUGAGCCUCAUAAUUCUGGGAACUAUGUCUUGUUAUCAAACAUUUAUGCCGAAGCAGGCGACUGGGAUAAAGUUGGGAAGGUAAGGUUGUUAAUGAGGGAGAAGAGUGUAAAGAAAGAUCGUGGGCGUAGUAUGAUUGGAUGAGAUGAGAAUCUGGGGAGUAUCUGAGUUAAGUUAAACGGAAAUCUUGAGGAUGAUAAGUAUUUAAAUCUUGAGGAAACCUCUGUUUCAGGAAGGGCAUAAAAUGGUAUAUGAAGAACAGGAUUGAGUGUGAAAAUCAGCAAAUUAGAAAGUUACACAAGAAGUAAAAUUUUGAAUCUGUUUACUUGCCAUUAGUUUUGCCUUGUUUGGGGAAAAUCCAUUGUGUGCUUGGAACAAGGAUGCACGCAGCUUCUUAUCCUUGUUUCUCUCAGUUCAGAAUUGAUUUUGUUGGAAGCUGGUCAUAAAUUUUCAUGGGAAUAUGAUGAUGGGAAGAUUGAUAUAUUGCUUCCCAAGGAAUAGGAAUUGUAGCAAA